CCCUCCUCCAGCAUUCCCAUCGAUUCCCUACCGAAUGAGCUCCUCGUUCUGGCUUUUAAAUAUGCGAUACCGGAGGUUUCCAAAUGGAUAGGGUCCAGGCUUCUCACUAUCUUCACCAUGCUUAUGGACUCUCAUCUGCUUUCGAACUUGGAAGCGGCUGCCUCUGCCUGUCGUGAAGCUCUACGAGUCGCGGUCCCAAAACCUCGACCUGCGUCUACAUGUCCACAUGGACUCCUUCGAUGAACUGUCGGACGCGCAGAUCCACUACAUGCACACCACCCCACGAACUUUGCUGCAGCAAUCCAUCGGCGCGUGCCGCUUGCAGUGGCUAUCCUACGGCCCCUUCCAUCUCCAUCAUCGCAACGUCGAACAUAAGGACUUCGAUUUCCCCUCUUUUCGGCAUUUCCAACUGCGAGACGGGUGUCUGGAAUGCGUGCCCCACUCUCGCAAGCUUACCUUUGCUGAGCUGCCCAAUGCCCCCUCCGACGGCGAGGACUUGCGCACUGUCCUCGCUCGAUCUCCCCACCUCCACACUCUGGUCCUUCCGGAUUACACGGCCGAUCUGCUUCCCGAUGAGGCUACACCAUGGCCUGCGAUACACGCAGAAACUAUCAGGCGGCUUGCAGAGUCUGUCUACUGCCAAAGGCAACGCCUUGUGCGGCGUCGACCUGAUAGCGACUUCCACUUUGCGCCUCUGGCCUUCCACGGAUUGGAAUACCUCGAACUGGGCAGCACGGUGACUGCUAUUCUGGCGCGACUUAUCAGCGCCCCAUUGGAAUUCUUGAACACUCUGCACACUUUGCACUUGGUCGAGACAGGAUGUGACGAAGUCAUGCCAUUCAUGCUGUCCUUGGAGAGACUGCGCUGUGUGGUCUUAACUGAUGCGCUUUCUCUGGACGUCUGGCCGACGGAACCUGAGGCAUGGCCUUUCUUGGAGAAGAUAGAGAUACGAACCUUUGACCCAGAAGAAGAGGACCCCAGUCAUUUGGCCGAAUUCACUAUGCGCCGCCAGACGAUCUAUAAAUCGUUUCGCACGAUGGUCGAUGUUCCCCAAUGGUGCCGCAUAUAUCCUGAGGCUUUCCAGCAUUGCGACGAGGCCUUCAUGCAUCAUUCACUUCUUCAACAAAGACGGCGAUGAUUGUUACACGGGAAACAAUAUUGUUGGAAAUGGUAGAGCUGUAGUGCUGUAGUGCGGUGGAGAGGACCUUUGGCAGUGCGUUCUCUGGCAUUGAGUGAGGAUUUUAGGUGCAAGGUAGAAAGAGGAGGGAACAAUGCAGCCGUACGAAUGGAGAUACCCGAGUGAUCUCCAAUCAACAUCAUGUCCAGUUCCCGAAGUCCGCGUCUUCAUCAACGUUCACGGUCUCCAUUGUUCUCGACCGCUUAAGUCGA